AUGGCGGCGAGGCCCAUCCUUUCGUUCUUACUGGCUGUGCUGGCGUGCACUGGGCCGGCCCAGCCCUCGCCCCCACUGCUGCUCCGCCCCCGGGAGAGAGAGAGGGACUCUGGAGGGGCUUCGGGCGGAGUCAACAUCGCUGUAGUCCACUCCGGCUCCUCCCACCUCCCGGAAACGAGUGCCGGGGUGGGGGGCGUGGGCGUUGCCUCUUCGGCGGGCUCCGGCUCCGGUGCCGGGCCAAGCAGCAGCAGCAACUCAGGGACAGGUUUUCUGAGUCGGGCCUGGUCAGGACAGGUGGGCGAGAGCGUGAUGACACCAUGGGGACCCGCGAACGUGAUCUGGCUGGCCGUGAACGAGAGCAGUCCUGGGAGCCUCUUGCUACAGUUGUGUGAGUUACUGGCUACCACUCCACUACAAGGCCUUGUGUUUGAGGAAGAGAAGCCGCCACCACCCAACCGGGCACCAUUAGCACCUAUGCUGGAAUUUGUCUCGGCCCAGACAGGAGUGCCUGUGAUUGCUGUUGGAGGAGGGGCUGGCUUGGGGAGGGAGCCACAGGAGAUUGGCUCCGUCUACUUGCAGUUCUUGUGCUCCACUGACCUGCAGCUGGAGGUCAUUUUCGAAGUUCUGGAGGAGUUUGAUUGGACGGCUUUCUCUGUGGUUACCACACGCCACCACGGCUAUGAGGACUUCCUGGCCAUGGUAGAAGGCAUGAUAGAUGGCUCCUUCAUCGGCUGGGAGAGAAAGAGCGUAGUGAUGCUCAACCUGACUGAUGACCCGGGAGGGGCUCGUACACGCAGGCUGCUGAAAGAGAACGAAGCACAGGUACGACUCCUAUAUUGCUCACAGGAAGAGGCGGAGCACAUUUUUAAGGCUGCAUGGGCAUCCGGGCAGGCUACUCCUUCACAUAUGUGGUUUGCGGUGGGCCCAGCUCUGUCUGGACUUGGUCUUGAGGGUCUACCCAAGGCUAUUUUCGCUGUGCGACCCCAGGGAUGGAGGGAUGAGCCACGACGGCGAAUUGCAAAGGGUGUGUCAGUAUUGACGCACGGUGCUAUGGCUUUACGUAGGGAGUAUGGUGGGGCCCGAGGGACGAGCUUUGCUGGGAACUGCGUGAUGGAUGGAAAUCAAACACAGAGGGUGCCGGAUAGGAUCAGGUUCUUCAGUAACAUAACUCUAUCUGGACGGGACUAUUCCUUUAAUAAUGACGGUUAUCUGGCAAAUCCGCUCCUGGAUGUUAUCUCCUACACUGCAGGAAGAGGCUGGGAGGAGGUAGGUUGGUGGGAAAAUGGAGUGCUGCGUCUGCGUUACCCUCCCUGGUCCCGUUACGGCCCAUUCCUCAAACCUCUGGAUGACUCCCAACACUUGCGUGUGGUUACUCUGGAGGAGAGGCCGUUCGUCAUUGUAGAGCCUGCUGAUCCUGGAACAGGCUCCUGCAUCAGAGACUCUGUGCCAUGCCGUCUGCCUCUCAACAACAGCAUGGUUGUUGAGGGCAUUCAAUCCAUGAAGCACUGCUGCAAAGGCUUCUGUAUUGAUGUUCUCAAGCGCCUGGCUAAAAUAGUGGGCUUCAGCUAUGACCUCUAUCUGGUGACCAAUGGCAGGCAUGGAAAGAACAUAAAUGGAGAGUGGAAUGGAAUGGUCGGGGAGGUGGUGUCCAAGCGGGCUGACAUGGCGAUCGGCUCCUUGACUAUUAAUGAAGAGAGGUCAGAGGUUGUAGAGUUCUCUGUUCCGUUUGUGGAGACUGGCAUCAGUGUCAUGGUCUCUCGUAGCAAUGGCACUGUGUCACCAUCUGCUUUCCUCGAGCCGUACAGCCCAGCUGUGUGGGUGAUGAUGUUCGUCAUGUGCCUGUCUGUGGUAGCUGUGACCGUCUUCAUAUUCGAAUUCUUAAGCCCUGUUGGAUAUAACCGAAGCUUACAGAGUGGGAAGAAGACAGGAGGUUCAAAGUUCACCAUAGGGAAGUCUAUUUGGCUGCUGUGGGCUCUGGUGUUUAAUAACUCUGUUCCGGUGGAAAACCCAAGAGGCACCACCAGUAAGAUAAUGGUGCUGGUCUGGGCUUUCUUUGCUGUCAUCUUCCUGGCCAGCUACACUGCUAACCUGGCUGCUUUCAUGAUCCAAGAAGAGUACAUCGACACUGUGUCAGGCCUCAGUGAUAAGAAGUUUCAGCAUCCCACAGAGCAGUAUCCUCCCUUACGCUUUGGCACUGUCCCAAAUGGGAGUACAGAGGAGAAUAUACGGAGCAAUUACCCCAACAUGCAUCAGUACAUGGUGCGGAACAAUCAGAGAGGCGUGGAAGAGGCCAUCGACAACCUUAAAACUGGAAAACUGGAUGCAUUCAUAUAUGAUGCAGCUGUCCUGAAUUACAUGGCUCGUAAGGACGAGGGCUGCAAAGUAAUGACCAUCGGCUCUGGCAAAGUGUUCGCUACAACAGGAUAUGGCAUUGCCUUACACAAAAACUCCCGCUGGAAGCGGCCGCUAGACCUUGCCCUCCUGCAGCUAGUUGGAGAUGAUGAGAUUGACAUGCUUGAACGACUCUGGCUGUCUGGGAUCUGCCAUAAUGAUAAGAUUGAGGUGAUGAGUUCCAAGCUGGACAUAGACAACAUGGCGGGAGUGUUCUAUAUGCUUCUGGUUGCAAUGGGCCUAAGUCUGCUGGUGUUUGCAUGGGAGCAUCUUGUCUAUUGGAAGCUCCGCCAUUGUUUGGGCCGCUCUGGAGGAAUGGACUUCCUACUGGCUUUCAGUCGGGGAAUGUACAGCUGCUGCAAUUUUGAGGAUGAAACAGCUCCUGGAGGCUCCCAAAACACACUUCCUCAAUAUCAUCAUGUCUCCACAGUUCCUCCUCCUCCACCUCCUCAUGUGAUCUCUGCAGUCGUGGCCAAUCCCCCCAUCGCUAUGGCACAACAGCGGCAACAACAAAAGCAACACCACCAGCAGCCACCGGUAUACAAUGCUCUUCUUCCUGGCUCCCCUCCUUCAGGUGGACAUUCUGGAAUGGCACUAGGGCCAUCGAACAGUCCCAUUCUUGGAGCACCCAUGCCUUGCUCAACAUUCCUACCAAGGCAUGAUCGUCGAUUAGCUGUUGUGAAUCGGUGGACAUGUCCAAAGGUGGGCCCUGAGAAGCCUGGCGGUGUGAACAGUGGGAUAACAGACUUAACGCAAUUCCAAGGCAUGCCCCCUCACUGGGGUGCAGGAAUAAGUGGAGGAGAGGGGGGUCUGGAUGAGUACAAGAGAUACUAUGGGCCAAUUGAUCCAGAAGGCAUAGGGGUCUCUGCUGAACCUCAAAACAUAGGUAUCCAAACUCCAAAAACUAAGCAUCGAGGGACAAAAUCCUCUGGAAACCCACGGUUACCUCCUAAAGGUCAAGCCUCUGGACACUUACCAAUUAACCCUGCUUUGCCACAUCCCUCUCCACCGCUGCAAUCUAUCUGGAGGAGAAGCAGCUUCUCAAAAAGGAAGGGUUCAGGGGGGCCACUCUACGAAAACAUCCUUCCACUCGGAAGGAGAGGUGGUGGCAGAUAUGGAAUGAGGGAUGGUGGUGGGAGAAGAGGACGUCGUCCUCCUCCUCUUCCUCUGCCUAUACCUGUGCCCCUCUCUUCCCCAACACAGACUCUGCCCUCACCUUCUCCAUAUGUAUGCUACACAUCCAAUUCCUCCAGCAGCUCCAGCACCUCCAGUUCAUCCUCUUCUUCAGAAUCAGUCUCCCGAUCCAAUUCUCCCUCUUCUUCAUCAUCGUACACAUCAUCACAGAGCUUCAGAUACCGGGCAGAUGUACGAGAUGUGUAUGAGGACUAUGACACAGAUGAGCUUACGGAGGAGUCAAGCUUGCUUUUGGGGAGGAGAAAAAGUCAUUCAUGUAUGUCCUCUCGAUCCCUGCCUAGCAGUCCUCCACCACCACCUAUACCACCCCGCAAACCUUGCGGACAGAGGGUGCAGGUGAGAGACAGAGCAGGCAGCCAGAUUGCACAGCUUCAAGAGUGGUGGACCUCUUGGGGAGAGAAAGAAAAGGGUAGAAGAGCAACUGGAGAUAGAGAUGUUAAGGAGGAGAAACAACAUCAUAAAGAAAGGGAAAGAGAGAGAAAGAGGAGGAAGAAGGGUAGAAAGAAAAAGAAGAGAGAAGAGCGUGAAAAAGAAAGGGAGAGUAAAAGGCGUAAGGUGAAAAAGAAAAAGAAAAAAGAGGAACAAUCAAGAAGAAGGGAGAGGGGAAAACAAACUGAACAAGAGGAUGUAGAUAUGGACAGGAAAGAUGUCUUUGAAAAAGGAAUAGGACAGGAAUACUCUUCUUAUCCUGCACUGAGGCGAAGCUCUUUCCGAAAAAAGAGUGAAAGCUCUACAAGGAGUUAUGAGUGGGAUACUAUCAGAGAUGGAGUAAAGAGAGAUAGGGAUGAUCAAGGUGGAGAAGAUGAAGAAGGCAGUAGAGGAAAGGAAAGACAUCAGAGAAGCCCAAAAUCACAACGCCACUCCAGGCCAAGGUCCAACAACAAGCAUUUUUCUUGCUCAAACAAACCUUCUUCAACCGUCAAAUUUUGGAGUAGUGGGAACCCAACUUCUGAUUCACCAUCGUCUUUUGUACCCUUGCUUCCCAUAUCUAAAAGACGAAAGUCUGUAGGAGCUGAGAGAGAUGAGCGAGGAAGAGGUGGAGAGAGUCGGCCCCUUUUGGGAAAAAACAAGAGAGUUAAGCCUUGCUCGAGAGAAGGCCUGUCAUUUCACGAAUGGGAUUCCGAGGAAGAAGAAGAUGAGGAGUCUGAAGUGGAAAGAAGUAGGCCAGAAGAACAGGGGCGACGACGAGAAAGCAGAGGAAUGGACUCUGAAUCCGAAAGGGACAGAGAAAAAAACGUUGAGAUAUACACAGAUGAUGAAGGUUCCUCUGGAGAGUUUGGUAAGUUUGAGAGAUAUUGGGAGGGUCACGAAGGAAGGGCAGUUGGAGGCAUUGGAGGAGGAGGAUGGUUCUUUGGCACCUACCCUGCCAGAGAAAGAGGAGGCAGCAUAAACAGUAGAGAUGACUCUUUUUUGGGGUGGGGUGGUGGAGAAAGUAGCUUGGGUUUCAGAACAGGACCAGGGUGGGGAUCAGAAAGAUUACAAUCAAAUCAGUGGCCUCCAACUCCAUUGACUCCCCCACCUCCUCGAAGAUACUGGUCUGUUGAUAAAUUACCAGUGAAGACCGAAAAUAAAUCUAAAAGCAGGUCUCAAGAGAAGAGUCGAGUCCACACAUCCUGUUCCUGCCAGUCACCCCAUCACUUUGCCAGCACUCACUCCAAAUGGAAUCGGGUGACUUCUAGGAGUCAGGAGGAGCUAUUCCCUCACUGCCACAGUUUCAGCAGCAGUGUAAGACCCAAACGGCAAUCAUCCAAACCAGAUCGGGCUCAGAGCCAGGCAAAAUCUGGAAGCCAAUCCAACCUCAGUGCACAAAGACCACAACGCUCAGACCGGUCCCGACAACUGCCGUCCCCUCCUCAGAGUCUACCGCCAUCUUUACCCCCUCCAAUGGUCCCUGCACUCCCAGCCCCACCCUCUUCCUCUCACCAUAUACAUGUACCUCCACCUACCUCCUCCUCAUCAGUGUCCUCCCCAUCGGUUGUCUCAUCUACACCUGGUGCCCCACAGCCCUCGUCUUUGUCCUCCUUUAGUGCUAAGCUCCAGUACCAGAAACUGCGAUCGUUUCCCCAACCCCAAAUGUAUCAAUCCCCACAUCUUCCCCUCAAAACCAAGAGCCUGUGCUCUCGUCGAGGCUCUGCCCACUUCUCCAGUGUGGAGAGUGAGGUCUGAGGAACAUAAUUAAAUGAGGAACAUCAGCAAGUAACCCCCACCUGUUCAUGCUACAAACUGUUAACUGUUCAUAGCAGUCGAGUUGGGUUGUUUUCGCUGGCACCCAUCUCUUGCACAAAGCUCUAAUGCUCACAGACAAACCUGGAUUGGGAUGUCACAUAAAUUGUAGCCCUUUCUCUUUACUUGUAUAAGAAUGGAAUACUGCCAUGCUGACAAAUCUUUUUGAUGUUAGCGAGGCUGUUUGUAUGGGAUUGGCUUUGCUUUUCUUACUUCUUGGGGGCUUUAAGGUGGAGCGUCAAUAAUGUGGGUAAAUGUGAUUUUUCUUGGAGUGUUUUGCUGCUCGAUGGCUCUGGAACGAUUUUUUGAAGGGAGAUUCUGAGGUCAAAAUACAAAGCCCUAAUAUCCCACGCCCAUCUUUUUUUUUUUCCUCUUGCUCUCAGAGCUCUGAAUCAUGAUGUAAUUGUUGUGUAUAUUCGUUCAAAAUCUCUCAAGGGAAGCUUUCACAAAGGAAAGUAGCAAACCAUUUUUCUAUUCUCAGAGCAUUUUUCUUGACCUCCACCUUCCGCAAACUGACAUCUAGCAUUCUGUGAGUUGUUGUCAGUGUUUGUAUUCCUAGCAACAGGGUAAGUUAGCCAUGACUGAUCACAUAUUGGCUUACUGAAGCUGAAUGCCAAACUGAAGUGGAG